AUGGUGUUGGGCACUGAGGCGAAGCCAGCAGCACUCCUACAAUUGCUUCCCAUCCGACGAGCUGCGGGCAGCGCCGUGAGUUGCAGACAGUUUUCGGCGUCCUACCAGCACCGCAGCAGCUGCGGGGCGGGUGGGGGCAGUGGGGACAGCAUGGGGUCGUCCUUCAGCCGCUUCAGCUCCUCACAGGCUGCCGGAGGAGGGGACCGAUUCGGCUCUUCUGGUAGCUAUGGUGAGGGGAGCUCUGGGGCCUGAGGGUGGGGAGGCGGCAGUAAUUUUGGCUCCAGCUACGGCAGAGGGUCUGCGGGUGGUUUCAGUGCUGGUAGUUUCGGCGGGAGCUUCGGUGGUGCUUCCGGGGGCUUCAGCGGUGGUGCCGGAGGAGGCUUUGGUGGGUCUGGGGGCUUCGGGGGUGGUGCUGGAGGUGGGGAUGGUGGCAUUCUGCCUGCUGAUGAGAAGACCACCAUGCAGGACCUCAACACCCAUCUGGCGUCCUUCUUGGAUAAGGUGAAGGCCCUGGAGGAUAAGAUCUGGGAGUGGCAGGACAGGCAGGGGCCCAGGACCCUCCGCAAGGAUUACUCUUGUUAUUACGACACUAUCAAGGAUCUCCAGAACCGGGUUAUGGACGCAACAGUGGGCAACAGCAAAACUCUCAUGGACGUUGACAACACUUGCAUGACACUGGAUGACUUCAGGAUGAAGUUUGAGAUGGAGCAGAGCCUGCGACAAGCCGUGGAUGCUGACAUCAAUGGCUUGCGUGGUGUGCUGGAUGACCUGACCAUGCAAAAGUCUGACCUGGAGAUGCAGUAUGAGUCUCUGCAGGAGGAUCUGGUAACCCUCAAGAAGAAUCAUGAAGAUGAGAUGAGCCAGCAGACUGGUCAGAGCACUGGGGAUGUCAGUGUGGAGAUGAACGCUGCUCCUGGCAAAGAUCUAACUAAGAUCCUCAAUGACAUGCGCCAGGAGUACGAGCAGCUCAGUGCUAAGAGCCAUGAGGACAUCGAGCUGCAAUAUGAGAGUCAGAUGAGCCAGAUCGAGCAGGAGGUGACGAAUAGAAGCCAAGAAAUGGAGCUCAAACAGGAGAUGAGCCAGCUCCGGCACAGCAUCCAGGAGUUGGAGAUGGAGCUGCAGUCUCAGCUCAGCACGAAAUCAGGCCUGGAGAAGUCCUUGGAAGACACCAAGAACCGCUACUACGGCCAGCUGAAGGAGGUCCAGGAGCAGAUCAGUACUCUGGAGGCCGAGCUCACUGAGACCUGGGCAGAGACUGAGUGCCAGAAUCAGGAAUACAGCCUUCUGCUCGGCAUCAAGACACAGCUGGAGCAGGAAAUUGAGACCUACUGCAGCCUCCUUGAAGGAGGCCGGGAAGACUUUGAAUCUUGUGGAGCUGGACAGAUUGGCUUUGGAGGUGGCACAGGAAGUGGAUCUCAAGGUGGAAGUGGAGGCAGUCAUGGAAGAGGAUCCAGGGGAGGAAGUGGGGGUAGCCACGGAAGAGGAAGUGGAGGCAGCUGUGGCGGAGGAAGUGGUUCUGGAGAAGGAAGUGGAGGCAGCUAUGGGGGAGGAAGUGGAGGGGGCUGUGGUGGAGGAAGUGGAUCCAGGGGAGGGAGUGGAGGCAGCUGUGGGGGAGGAGGUGGAGGGGGCUGCGGUGGAGGAAGUGGGUCCAGGGGAGGGAGUGGAGGCAGCUGUGGGGGAGGAGGUGGAGGGCGCUGUGGUGGAGGAAGUGGAUCCAGGGGAGGGAGUGGAGGCAGCUAUGAAGGAGGAGGUGGAGGGGGCUGUGGUGGAGGAAGUGGGUCCGGGGGAGGGAGUGGAGGCAGCUAUAGGGGAGGAGGUGGAGGGCGCUGUGGUGGAGGAAGCAGUUCUGGAGGAGGAGGUGGAAGCGGCUACGGAGGAGGAAGAGGAUGUGGAGGGCGAAGUGGAGGCAGCUACGGAGGAGGAAGUGGAAGGUCAUUCCAGUCCCAGUCCUCUUCCUCAAACUCUGGUGCCUGCGGUGACACACACGACUACCAGAUGUGAUACCAGAGCCCCUGUCAACUAUCCUGGCCCCACCCCAGCUAAGCAUCCCCGAGAUGGGCAGACCCUGGAUGAAGCCUGCUCGUUGCAUUCUGACAUCAGGAAUAGCUGGCCACAAGCCCCAGGGUCCAGUUGGGACUGGGCUGAUGGGGGGUGUGCCUCUGGGUGCCCAUUGGCUCCCUCCUCAGGCAGGAUUGGGGAGACCUCUCUUCCUCUGUCUGGUCUGGGGGUGACCCCACUCCCUGCCUUAUCUCGACUUCCUAAUAAAGCCUUCCUACUGCAAAUCCAAA